AUGGCGAUCCCAGGCGACGACGAGUUCCGCAAGGGAAUUUCCUAUCACCUGCUCCAGACCUUGGCGUAUAUCAUUCCCCUCAGCAAGUCGACUUUUGGUCGAUUUGCCAGUCGCAUCAACAGGACAACCCCGUGGAAAAAAUCCGAGGCCUUCAUCCUCGUCAGAGCCCGCCUGCUCUCCAAGGCGCGUAACCGAAUCAAGGUGGCAACAUAUUACCACCGAUCCUUGAACCUGAGCGACGGUCAACACUGGACUUGGCUGAUCAAGGCUGCCCUCGGCGAAAGCUCGAAACAAAGACAACUCCAGAACCUGCGAACCCUGACUCACUCCUGCAAGAUCGUUGGCAGCCUGGACGCGCUUCUCACGACAGCAGCUCGGAUGCCAAACGGCGGGUCGCUCCUCCGAGAUAUGUUGAUUGCGAGCCGAGAUCCUCAUGUCGCUCUCGCUGCGUGGGCGACGUACAACGACGGGCGGGAAACAAAGGCCAAGUGGGGCUGGUACAUCUGGCUUCCCUACAUUAGGGCCAUGAUGGAGGACCCUGAGAUCAACGUUGCCCUCAUCUGGGACGCUAUCGACCUUUUGCCGUUCAAGUCCAUCCAGACUCUGGCCCCGGAGUACCAUUGGGAAGGCAUCGGAGACAGGAUGACGUUACUGGAGAGGAUGGCUGACUGGUACAUGUUGAGGACCGACGUCACUCCUCGCCAACAGCUUAGAUUCGUCGAGAGAUGCAUCGCACACGGCCAGGUCGCAGGAGGACCCAUGUCGAAGCGCCUCCUGGCCAACCUGGCCAAGCUCGUCAUCAGGGAUCUAGAGGAGGGCAGCCUGGGCCGCACCGCUCGGUUGAGGUACCUGAUCGAGGUGGCAGAACAUCACCUGGGUCCAGAGGAAGCGGCAAAGAUCAGACAUCAGCUGGAAGGAUGGAGAUGGAUCGUUGUCAACCAAGACUUUGGCAACAAGCCCAAGACCAGGUUUAACCUGGAAGAGGAGAUGGACGAGCUGGGUGUGGAGAUGGAUCAAUACCAGACCCGCCAGCGACUUCUGGAUGAGGAGGAGGAGGAGGAGGAGGAUGAGGAGGAACUGAUGUCUGAAUAUGAAUAUGACGAUGACUAUGAGUAUGAGAGGUAUUGA